AAGGGAUACCAGUUCGUAACCAGAGGAACAUCGGCAUACCAGUAUCUAAAAGACGAAGUAAACAGCAUGACAUCGUUAGCAAAACAGCUCCAGCGUCUAGCUGUUCCUCAUACGCAGGUGGUGUUGGGAGGCGACACACGGAAGACCUCUCUCUUGUUUAAUCCGGUCGAUGCAGCAGCUCUUGACAGGGAAACAUUUUUCGCACUCGGUAUAAAUGGUUUGGAAGAGCUGGAGUCUAUAGAUGCUGGGUUCGAGGAGUUUCAUCGCAGUCUGUUCAGUGAAGCAUCACAAACGUUUGAACGAAGUGUGCAGACGAAGGAAGUGAACGAGAAGCUUGACAAAACAAUCUCGUCUUUCUUGUUGAGACUGUCACCCUACUUCCUCCUCCGACCGGCACACAAGGCAUUAGAGUGGCUCAUUUACAGGUAUCACAUUCAGCUGUACAACGUUGAUGAUCUGAUGCUGUGUAUUCUGCCGUAUCACGAGACGAAGAUCUUCGUGCGCACCGUUCAGUUGAUCAACUUCGACUCCCGCACCGCUUCCAAAUGGGAUUGGCUCUCUCCACUGCAAAAGUCUGGAGUCCACCUUGCUAGGUCGACGCUGGUCAAGCACUGCCGAACAAACCCAGCAUUUCUGGCCUUUGUGUGCAACAUGCUGCCCAGGUUCAUUGAGGUUUACACUGAUGAGGAAGGUGUUGUCCACGAGUCUCCACUCAGAGUUGUCUUCUCCUUCUAUGCAACCACUGUCCUGGGAAUCCUUGACUCAGGACCGGUUACCAAGCAACUCGUGUCAUCCUUGUUUGAGUCGCUGGUGCAAGGACUGCGGUCGAAGAUUGUCGACUACAAGUCUGCAUCGUAUAUCCUCCUGGCGCAAGUUGUCGCAAAAUCUCAGCUGAAGAGUGACCUCCUGGAACCACUCACUAACAUCCUCUGCAAGUACAUGGCCCCAUCUCUGCAGACAGAGGCGGUGACCUGCUUGUUGCUUGUUUACCAGAAACAAGACAUCCACAUGCUGCGCAAGAAAGCAUUCAAGUAUUUGAGUCGACAGACCUCACUCGCGACUAUUCUGUAUGACCUGUCCCAGCGUUACGAGACCAAUUCGCUGGUGUUCCCCAUCAUGAAGCGACUGGUGCCGGCCGCAUUCAAACAAGCUGCUCUGAACGUGGUGAGCAGUGAUAGCAGUGACAACGAUGAUGACGCUCCACCACCGAGACUCAUGUGGUUACUGCAGGAGUUGUUGACAUGGUUACCACUGGAAGAGACUACAGCCAUGUUUGUUGCCAGUGAGGUACUGGAGCAGUAUUUAUCGUAUUUCUUCAGCCAUGACUCCGAGGACAAUGACUCUUUAGUGCAGAUUGUGAGAGGAGUCAUCAAACAGCUAGAAGGGAGGUAUUCUGACAUUGUUGACACUGCUGUAGAAAACGUUCUCAAGUCGUGUCAGGAAAAGGAAAAGAAAGCUGCGAUCAUGUCGUUUCUCAAUGUGUCGGCACUGUCGGAACAACAUCAGCUGAUUGCGACCAACGCGAAGAGCCUGGUUUUGUCCCUGAACCACCCACAGCCCUCGGUGAGACGAAGUGCAGUGCAGUUCAUGAUGAAAAACAGAGACAAGCUGGAAGACAAAACUUUCCUGUCCAACUCUGUUCUUGCCCGUCUGCAGGAUGACUAUCUCAGUGUUGUGUCAGCCGUCAUCCAAAACUGUCAGAAUUUGUGGGAAAUAGUAGAAGACAAGUCUGAACUUGAAGAUUGUUUAAUGAAACUACUCAGGAGAUGUGACGGAAAAGAAAAAUGGCGAGACGUUGCUACGACAGCAGUCACAGUUUUGUGCUCAAAGACGAAUGUCUUACUUCCAAUCAUCUUCAGUUACCUCCCCUUGAUGUCUGGGUCGGAAAGCGAGCUUGAAGUCAGCAGGUCCAUACUGAAACAUUCGAAGAAUCCCAUAAUACAACGCAUCAGCAAUGCUUGCUUAAGACAUCUGCCCAAAACCUCACAAGGAGUUCAGAUGGACAGUGAAAAUGUUGUAUCGUUUAACUUGUAUGUCUCACAGAUGGUGGCCAAGUGCCUUCUGGAUAGUGAAGAAAACAAAAUACAGCACGUGGUGGACCAACUUUGUGAAUUGCAGACAGCAGUUGGCUGCACACGGGAACUAGUUCUACUUGAGUUUCUGUUGCUGACCGCUUAUCACAUGAUAGACAAGACAUCGGACAAGGAGCAGGCGGUAGAGACCUGUUCAGUCCAGGCCAGACUACUGCAGGUCAUACACGACAAGGACUUUGUGUUGAAGACUCGCUCAAAGACGGGACUGUCGCUAGAUGAAGUGGAGUCGUUGAUGAUUUCACACGUACAGAGAAACAAGCCACAGAUUCCCUCUUCGUGUUUUCUGUUCUUUGUUGAACAUGUUGUCCUCUCCACCAGCGUACCACGGAAACUGCAGAAAGACGUUUUCUGGCAGUACGGUGGGAGUGAUCAAGUAGCUGAUGUGUGGCUGAAGGUGGUUGUCUCUAUGUUUGGUCUAGUUGUCACCAUGGCGAUGAAUGAGUCAUCAAAUUGUUGUCCCCAAGCGAGGGAACUGAUUGGUGUCAUCAUGAAGCAUCUGUUCAGUGAUACCAGACAUCUGCUCCGGUUCCUGUGCCUGCUGUGGACGCGCCAUGCCAACGACCGGAGUGGGUUGUUCAAUUUGACCCCGACCCUGCAGGUCGUCGCUCUCAAACUGGGUCUGGCAGCAUUCGACAGGUUUGACCAGAAAGAGGCUGACAGAAUUCUGCAAUCUGCAGCACCAGUGCUCGUCAGUCUACUGAUGGUGUGUACCAGUGUCCACUGCCCAGUCAGAGCGGCGGGUCUCGAGUGUUUGAGCCGUCUGGUCAGACUGACCACCACAUCGGCCGCGUUCACACCACUGGUGGGCAGGAUUGUCCACUGUGAGCAGGAAAUACUCAGCGACAACUCUUUUGUCAGUCAGGUGAUUGUCUCCACCCUUGGUUCGUGUUGUGACGCGUCGUCAGACUCGGAAAGCAGCGCGAGAUCUCCGGGGCGGCGACGCCGGAAGUCAAAACGUCAGUCUUCAUCCUCAACCAUGCUGGGCUCAUUCCUGGACAUCGCUCUCGAUGACUGCACUCCAGCUUUUGUUACACGUGCUGUGAUUGGUCUGACAAGAGAUAUGAACACCAUUGAAAGUUUUACACAGUUAUUACCAUUGAUGAUGCGGUAUUCAGAGAAACUAUCAACUCAGCAACUGACUUUGCCUGAAGCAGACAGUCUAAAGAUGCUUCUUGAAAAGUUCACACCGGACAUGACGAGUUGUCUUCAAGAAGAUAGUAUCGGGUUUAAAAUGCUGCUUUGGGCUGUAAGAUGCAGUGAGAGACUUCAUCAGAACUCACCGUCCAUCCAGGAAAUAAUGAUUCCUCUUAUUACACCCUCCUUCUAUGACAGUCUUCCAUCGUCUAACUGCCGACAGCAGCUCCUGUCCUGUCUGUUUGAUGUGAAGAUUGAAACCAACCAGGUUGAUGUCGUGGCCGCUGUUAAGAAAGUCAUUAAACACCUGACAAUCGACGGAAGUCAUGUGGUUAGUGAACUGAAGCCAGUCCUACAGAUGAUGUCGCCUGCAACCGUCCGCGAAACCAAGAGAAAACGAGUGUCUCUCCAUCAAGAAGAGGUGAGUGAGUUCGACUCUGCGUCCUGGCAGAGGGUUGUCGUGGUGUUGGAGGCGGUGCAGGACAAGAAGCGAGUGGACAACACGGACGUCCUCAUCCCCAUCUGCUUCCAGAUAAUGGCCAGGUGA